AUAUAAGGAAUGGGCCCAACUUAAGGCAAAGAGGUAAAGAAUUGUAAAUGAUUUGAGUUAUCUCCACAAAUGAGAGAGAGAGUGCUAAAGUUAUUCGCAAGAUUCGAUGUGGAUGGAUCAAAGUCGAUUGAGAAGUCGGAAACAAUAAAAUAUUGGUAUUUAUAUAAAUGUCAAUGGUAAUGAAGGAAGAGUAAUUUCGCAAAAUUGAAUACAGAAGAAUUAUUUAAGUCAGUGGAUACUGACAAUAGUGGGACAAUAUCCGAAGAGGAGUGGCUAAACUUUUGGACAUCAGUAUUACGCAGCGGACACACAGAGGAAGAAAUAGCAGACGAAGUAAACUGUGUGUGAAUAUCUGCAUUUUAGUUAGAAAGCAUUGAAUCAGGGUCUUCGUGGGUAAAGUUCGAGAAUUUGGAAAACAAGAAGGGUUGACAUUGAUCAUCAAU